AUGGGGGAGGCGGGUGAUAUGCCCCGUGUCAAGGAUAUCGGACGUGGGCGUGGACGGGGGAAGGAGCACCUUGGUGAUAAGGAGGGGGAAUUACGCAUGCGGCUCGGCUGGAAUGCCAUGGCUGACUGUACCGUAGCGAGGAUGGACCUGGGCCCGAAUGUUAUGAAACUCAGAACUCGGCCGCGUUCUUCGAAGCAUUGUAGUGUAGAGGUACUAGAGUUCAGUUCACUUGCUCAAAGUACCUCUUUGACAGCCAAUAACCAGUUGACCAGUUCAAUUCAGUUCUGGUCGGAUAGCGCAGCCACUUGUCCCGCUAUCAGCUCUGCAUCUCCCACCGUGGUCCCGUCCGACUUCAAGUUUGAUUCUCGGACGGGGCAGAUCAUGUGGCCGGGUUUCUUUCAACUUGAAAACUGA